ACAUGACACACUAAAAAUCGGAUAAGUUAUAUUUAAAAUUUUGAUGCACACACAAACGACAUGUGCGGAUAAUUUUUUGUGCGAGAGAAAUGAUACUUGAUAACCACCAAGCGUUGGUUUAAUUAAUAAGGAUAAAAGCAAAAAUAUAUUCAUUAUUGUUCUUCAUCUUAACGUAUAUAUAGGAAUAAAGCACAAUGAUUGUGGGGCUGUACUAACAAUAAUUUAAAACUUAGUGCUGGACUAGACUAUGGUAGACUUGACUUUGAAUAGUUGGGUUGGUUUGUGUAGUUUCUCUGAUGAUAGAUUCUGAUAUGUAUUUGCUUCCCCCUUCUUUGAGUAUUAUCUUCAGAUCCAUCUCUCCUCUACUUUCAGCUGUGGAAUCUGGCAAUUAAAUGGCAAGCUUGUUCGAGGUUGAAUCCCCUCAGAAACAGACGAGUUUUUGCUUGUGCUUGCCGGCAAACCGGAUCCACAUAGACAUGGCCGGAGCAAAUGUAAGUUAUGUGACUACACCAGUACAACGACUUCAGAGGGCUGCUUCAGCUCAGUUUAGGAGGCCUAACCUUAAUCUUAUAGAUCCCACACAAGAGCGAAGAGAUAAAUACCUAAGCUUUUGUGUUCCCCUUUACCAAGCUUCAGUGAAAGGGGAUUGGAAAGCAGCAAAGCAUAUCUUAGAUCAAGACUGGGGUCUGGCUCGCGCCGCCAUAAGCAGGGGGUGGGCCACGGUGCUCCAUGUGGCUGUCGAGAAGAACCAUGUCCACUUUGUGGAUGAGCUAGUGAAGAGGAUGAGUUCAGAGGACUUGGAAUUGCAAGAUAUGAGUGACAACACUGCAUUCAGCCUCGCUGCAGCAGCUGGGAACAUACAGAUUGUUGAGAUCAUGAAGAGAAAAAACCAGAGUUUGCCGUUCAUAAGGGGUGCUCAUGGAACCACUCCUCUUCAUAUGGCAGCUUUACAAGGAAGAAGUGAAAUGGCUUGGCAUCUGUACCAUGAAACUAUUCAAGUUUUUGAAUAUCGUGAUUGGACACUACUGCUGUUCUACUGUGUCUACAGUGGAAUCUACGAUUUAGCUUUGAAGUUGCUAAAAGUGGAUCCAAAUCUAGCUUUUGAGAGGGAUAGUUCAAGUAAUGAGACAAUAUUGCAUAUAUUGGCUCGAAAGCCUUUAAGCUCUCUUUGUCAAAGUCAGCGAUAUAGAAAGCGGCUCAUGAAAUCAUGUUUGAGGCAAACUCAGCAACUUCAACUGGUAAAACAUUUGUGGAGCAUAUUCCUUACAAAAGAUGACCAAAUGAUUAUGGACAACAUAAAAGUACCUUCACAAGUAACAUUUAAUGCUGUAAAAGUUGGAAAUUUUGAGUUUCUAGCUGAACUUAUGAGUACCUAUCCUGAUUUGAUAUGGGAAGUUGAUGAAAGAAAUCGAAGCAUAAUUCAUGUUGCAGUUUUACAUCGUUAUGCUGAUAUCUUCGAUCUCAUACAUGACAUUGGCUCGGUCAAAGAUUUUAUAGUGCCUUUCGUAGAUAAUGAAUACGGAGACAACUUAUUGCAUAUGGCUGCAAGAUUGGCACCACUAGAUCGAUUAAACUUGAUUUCUGGAGCAGCUUUUCAAAUGACCUUUGAGUUACUUUGGUUUGAGGAGGUGGAGAAGAUAAUGCUACCAUCAUGUAUAGAGACGAAGAAUGCAGAAGACUUAACUCCUCGCCAACUGUUCACAAAGGAGCACAAAGACUUGCUAAAAGAAGCAGAAUCAUGGUCGAAGAAAAGAGCAGAACAAUGCAUGGUUGUUUCCACUCUUAUUACUACUGGAGUAUUUACAGCUGCAUUUAGUAUACCUGGUGGUAUCAACGACAAUUCAGGAAAUCCUAAUUACUUGCAAAAAUCAUCAUUCCUAAUAUUUGCCAUAUCUGAUGCAGCUGCAAUGAUGUCAUCCUCAACUUCCAUACUUAUUUUCUUGUCCAUCCUCAUCUCACGCUAUGCAGAAGAGGAUUUUCGCAAGUCAUUACCCUUGAAGCUCAUAUCUGGAUUGGUUGCUUUGUUCAUCUCUAUAAUAAGCAUGAUGAUAGCAUUUGGUAGUGCCUUUUUCAUCAUGUAUUGUCAUAGUUCAAAGUGGGUUCCUGACUUUAUUUCUGCACUUGCUUUUAUACCUAUACCCUUGUUUGCAUUUCUGCUAUUCCCACUGUGGUCUGAUAUACUUUAUUGGACCUACUUUUGUAGGAGUCUUUUUCAUCCUAGUAAACAUAUGCUUUACUAGGACAAUAAGUGACUGUAAAUAAGUAGUUGCCAUUUCUCAGUGAUGUACCUCUCUUCUAGUAAUUAAUUACUAUGUAUUUGUGUAGCGUGAGUCUUGAGAGUUAGUAAGGAAAUCUCCUUUUCAAUAUUGCAGUGUUAAUUCCUCUCUAAAUUCUUGUAAAUUUAUAAUUUCUACUUUAAUUUAUACUUUGUGAAUGCUUGUUGAGAACUUUAUACUAGCUAUAUAUAUUUGUCAUAUCA